UCAAACUGGCACAAGUAAUCUUUGACACGACGGCUCAUGAGUAGCAUUCGGUCCAGCGAGAGAGAUCGUAUUACAGUGAAGAUUCAUAACAUGAAACGUAGCGCAUCGCGCGAAUCUCCACCCAGAUCAAAGCGACGCAGUAGUAUUGGACGUUACGACGACAGCUCCGACGAAAGAGUAACCCCUGAUAGAAUGAGACGACGUGUGGCCCGUUCUCCUAGCCCGAGGGCACGCUAUGCUUCUCCGCACCGAGACGAAUACAGUUCAUCGCGUAGCCGGGCCGAUAUUAGUGGCGGUGGCGUGGAUAGAUACACGUACAAAGUGCUUUGUGUGAGCGCCAUUCAUCCUAAAGCGUCGGAAGAGUUUAUCAAGGAAACGCUGUACCGAGAGUACAAGAAGUUCGGCGAUUUUAGCAUUCGCAUUUCGCACGAUCUGGACGAGCGGUUGGCGUAUGUAUGCUUCCGUACGCCGGAGGACGCCCGUGAAGCGAAGCAUGCAAAGUCGCGCAUCAUAUUGCACGAUAAGGUAGCGUUGGUCGAACCGGUGUAUGAGUCUUCGAAGACGGAAUCAUACCGGCGACCACGCUCGGCUUCACCGUCCGAGUACGAUCGUCACUACUAUGCACGAUCACCUGGCGUUCCUCCGCCGGAUCGGCGACGCCCGCCCGAGCAUCAUCCUUACGAUGGUUAUGGUCCACCACCUGGUGGCCGGAUGCAUCAUCCCGAUUUCAGACCACCCAUGCACCAUGACUACUUGCCUCGUGGGCCUCCGAUGCAUCAUCACGGUCCACCUCAUAUUCAUCCCGGACCACCACACCAUCAUUACAUGCCGCGUCCGUAUAUGCCCCGACCAAGAGCACCGUUUGAAAAGCCAGAGAACAAGAAAGACAAGUUCCCGAACUAUCUACAUCACAUCCAGCCGGAGGAUGAUCCACUAGCUACGCGCACACUGUUUGCUGGUAAUUUGGAAAUUAACAUUUCAGACGAUGAACUGCGCCGUAUCUUCGGUAAAUAUGGGUUGGUGGAAGAUAUUGACAUAAAGCGUCCGGCACCCGGAACGGGUAAUGCGUUUGCAUUCGUUCGCUAUCAAACGUUGGAUAUGGCACACCGCGCAAAGGUGGAACUAUCGGGUCAGUACAUCGGCAAAUUCCAGUGUAAGAUCGGAUACGGUAAGGCGACGCCAACCACACGCAUCUGGGUGGGAGGGCUCGGGGCCUGGACUUCGGUAACGCAGCUCGAACGCGAGUUCGACCGCUUUGGGGCAAUUAAGAAGAUUGAGUACGCAAAGGGUGACACCCAGGCGUAUGUUUUGUAUGAUUCGAUCGAUGCGGCUACAGCGGCGGUUAAGGAAAUGCGUGGUUUUGCAUUAGGUGGCCCCGAGCGGCGUAUUCGGAUCGAUUUUGCUGACAAUGGGUCGGCACCACCGUUUCCGAAGCGUCCAUUCGAAGAGGGCGGUGGUGAAUACCGUCGUGUUCCGGAAUACGAGUAUCCGGACGGUGCUCCUCCAUACGAUGAUGUUCCACCGGGCUACGGUGGAAGUGGGUAUGGAGCGCGGUCUUUCCGUGGUCGCGGAAGCGGUGGCGGUAGCGGUGGUUACCGUGGUCGCGGUGGUAGCAGUGGUGGAAGCUUCCGUGGAGGCUUCCAUCACGAAGGUCACCGUCCAGCAGGAAGUGCCGGUGGACCUCCGCAUCAUGGCCCGGGUGCUGGAGAGGAAGAAUGGCGCCGCCCGGCUGGUGGUGGUGAAGCGGGGGAAUAUGAACGUCGACGCUCUGGAUCACGCGAACCUGGCGGCAUUGAUCGGUCCCGUUCUCGAUCACCACGCCGACGCAGUCCGGCCGAUUCCGAUUCAGACUCAUCGUCACGCCGCAAUGGUGUGUUGACAACCGCUAGGACACUUUCCGAGGUGGCACGAAAGUCUAGUACAGUUUGGCAGGGAGCUCUCAUAUUGAAGAGUUCACUUUUCCCAGCCAAGUUUCAUCUCACCGACGGUGAUGCCGACAUUGUAGAUGGUCUUAUGAAGGACGAGGAUGGUAAACAUCAUCUGCGCAUUACACAGCGUCUGCGUCUCGAUCAGCCGAAACUGGAAGAUGUGCAGAAGCGAAUUUCUACAUCGUCCUCGCAUGCCAUUUUCCUCGGUCUGCCCGGUUCAAGUCCGACUGUGUCGUCUGAUGAUGCCAGCGUACAAACGCGCCCACUUCGCAAUUUGGUAACAUACCUUAAGCAAAAGGAAGCGGCCGGUGUCAUUUCGCUGUUGAACAAGGAAACGGAAGCAACCGGUGUACUGUACACGUUCCCUCCGUGCGAAUUCUCUACAGAACUUCUCAAACGCACCUGUCACACUUUGACGGAGGAAGGACUUAAGGAGGAUCAUCUAGUGAUUGUAGUAGUGCGAGGCGGGACUGCCUAG